UGUGGGGUGGGGUUCAAGACUGCUUAUGAUCCUUGAGCCAAAAAUGGAAGCAAAGAUAGGAAAAUUGUUGGAUUCCGUCGGCAACUUUUUCACCGGCGCCGAUCAGAUCCCAUGGUGCGACGGUGAUAUCGUCGCUGGUUGCGAGAGAGAAGUUGCCGAGGCUGGAAAAGGUUCUUCUGAUGAAUUGAAGAGCGACUGCAUCAUGCGUUUAUCAUGGGCUCUUGUUCACUCAAGACGGCCAGAAGAUGUGCAACGUGGUAUAGCAAUGCUUGAAGCUUCAUUGGCUGACACUAACAGUCCCCUGCAGAAGAGAGAAAAGAUGUACCUUCUUGCUGUUGGGUAUUACAGAAGUGGGGACUAUUCAAGGAGUAGGCAGCUUGUGGAACGCUGUUUGGAGAUUGCACCUGAUUGGAGGCAGGCCCAAACCCUUAAGAAAACAAUUGAAGACCGAAUUAAGAAAGAUGGUGUAAUCGGUAUAGGUAUUGCUGCAACAGUUGUAGGAGUCGUGGUGGGCGGGAUUGCAGCAGCAUUUGCUCGUAAGAACUGACCCAACACCUCUCAUCCAUGUUAUACAUAUUGGAUCCUUGAAUUCAAUUGCUUAUCUUGUGCUCAUUUUAGAACUUCCCUUUGGAGAACAAUCAAAGUAUUCAUAGAGCUUGAAACAAAUAUUACCAGAAUGCAUCUUUGCUGCACUGUUUUCUCUAUGCUUAUGUACAGAACAUACUGUAACUGAUAGUCCUUACUUUUGGUUUUAAAAGAAGCCUGAAACUAUAUGAAGUUACUAGCAUUUCUAUCUGUUCAUGGUAUGUGUUUUGCACAUAAAUAUUAAAGUAUGCCUAGGGUUGAAGCUCCCUUUGCUA